GGGUUGUUGAAUUGAAGAAAUCAGAUGUUUAUUUACAUCAGUGAUCGGAUGGAUACAUCUUGGGUCAAUGGAUUGGUUUAGAACCAAGUGUCAAAGGGAAUGAUUAGUUGGAGUUGUAAAGGGAUCAAUAUGACCUGCCGGAAGUGUUCAUGUGGAGUUGGUCUUUUUGUUAGGACAUUUCACACAUUGAUUUGUCUUGCUGUACCUGCAACUCUGCUUUUCAAGAAAACAGCUCUACAACAUGCACUGCUGGAGUUUGCUGACCCCCUGUAUGGUAUAAGUUAUGUGGUACUGCUGGUGUUCUCUCUCAUCAUGUACUUCACUGCCUGUCUCAUGGACCCAGGAUAUGUUCCUGUCACAAUAUACAAGAAAUCAGGUGUGACACGUCCCCCUAAAGAUGACAGCGAUGAGGACGUUGACCCAGAGACCGAAGAUCAUACUCCUAUGUUACGGACAGCUACAGGAGAGAUUGACACUGAAAAGCUGUACAGAUACUGUGAUUAUUGUGAAAUUGAGCAACCAAUGAGAAGCAAACACUGUGAGGAUUGUAACAAGUGUGUGAGAAAGUAUGACCACCAUUGUCCCUGGCUGGAAACGUGUGUUGGGGAGAGGAACCAUCGUUUCUUCUGGCUCUUUCUUCUCUCCACCUCAGUCCUGAUCAUCUGGACGUUUAUCAUCACCUGGAAAGCAUUUGAUCAUGCAGAUGGUUGGGAGGGCUGGUUCAACAACAAUGCCCUACUCUUUAUUGACACCAUGGUUCUGAUCUCCGGGGGCUUCACAGUGAUUGGAUUACUGGGCUUCCAUUCCUAUCUGAUGGUGAAGAAUAUGACCACCUGGGAAUGUGCAGCCAGGGAAAAAAUAACCUACCUGAAAUAUCUCGAUGAAGAUUAUAACCCCUUUGAUCAGGGAUGUUUCCAUAAUAUUUACUGUUUUCUGUGUCGGGCCAAGAGCAGAAGGUGGGAGGUUCUUUAUGAAAAGAAGACAGAGAUGCGUAAAAAGAACAGUAAUAUUGUUUAA